ACUGCGCAUGUGCAGGACAGCAGAAAGCCGAAGCCACAAACAAACAUCAAGCAGAGACGGACAGCAACACAGAUCAAGCGCUAUCUUGUAGAUCGCUAGCUACAUGAGUUAACUUUGAAAAAUGAAAAUCAAAACUAUCGUUUAAUAUACACUGCAGUUCCACCCUAAUGAAGGAGCUCCGUCCUGGCUGAUUUUGGGAGAUGGGAGUACUCAACAUUACAGACCAGCCUCCACUGGUCCAAGCGGUUUUCAAUCGGAAUGCCGAUGAAAUUCAACAACUAUUGCACAACAAGAAAGAGGAUGUCAAUGCACUGGACCAAGAGCGCCGUACGCCACUACAUGCUGCUGCCUGUUUGGGAGAUGUUCAUAUCAUGGACUUCCUCAUCAAUGCAGGUGCAAAUGUAAAUGCUAAGGACCAUGUGUGGUUAACUCCAUUGCACAGGGCAGCUGCCUCCCGGAAUGAAAGGGCAGUGGGACUACUUCUGCGGCAGGGAGCUGAGGCCAAUGCACGGGACAAGUUCUGGCAGACACCACUGCAUGUUGCAGCUGCCAAUAGAGCCACACGCUGUGCAGAGGCCCUGCUACCACAACUGAGCAAUCUGAACAUGGCAGACCGCACUGGCAGAACCGCUUUGCACCAUGCUGCUCAGAGCGGAUACAUGGAGAUGGUAAAGUUGCUGCUCAAUAAAGGGGCCAACUUGAGUGCCAAUGAUAAGAGAGAGAGACAGCCUAUCCACUGGGCAGCGUACUUGGGGCAUCUGGAGGUGGUGAAGCUGCUAGUGUCUCGGAGUGCAGACAAAGGCUGCCAGGACAAGCAGGGCUACACCCCUCUACAUGCUGCAGCUGCCAGCGGACACAUUGACAUCGUCAAGUACCUUCUGAGGCUCGGGGCAGAGCUGGAUGAGCCCAAUGCCUUUGGGAACACUGCACUGCAUGUGGCCUGCUACACGGGCCAGGAGGCUGUGGCCAACGAGCUGGUGAACCACGGAGCUAACGUCAACCAGCCCAACAGGAGUGGCUACACCCCACUGCACCUGGCCGCUGUAUCCACCAACGGGGCCCUCUGCCUGGAGCUGCUGGUCAACAACGGGGCUGACGUCAACCAGCAGAGUAAAGAAGGGAAGAGCCCCCUGCACAUGGCAGCUAUUCACGGACGCUUCACCCGCUCUCAGAUCCUCAUCCAAAACGGUGGAGAGAUUGACAGUGUGGAUAAAUAUGGCAAUACCCCCCUUCAUGUUGCUGCUAAGUACGGCCAUGAGCUGCUGAUCAGCACUCUGAUGACCAACGGUGCAGAUACAGCCAGACAAGGGAUUCAUGGGAUGUUCCCUCUGCACCUGGCUGUGCUCUAUGGGUUUUCAGACUGUUGUCGCAAGCUACUCUCCUCAGGGCAGCUGUACAGUAUUGUUUCAUCUAUGAGUAAGGAGCACGUUCUAUCAGCUGGGUUUGACAUCAACAUCCCAGACAACUUUGGAAGGACGUGUCUACACGCUGCUGCCUCUGGAGGAAACGUUGAAUGUCUGAACAUGCUCUUAAGCAGUGGUACCGACUUGAAUCAGAGGGACAAGUCGGGAAGGACUCCGUUGCAUUAUGCAGCUGCUAAUGGGAGGUACCAGUGCACCGUGACCCUAGUGAGCGCUGGCGCUGAGGUCAACGAGCCUGACCGUACAGGCUGUACUCCCCUGCACUACUCUGCUGCCUCCCAGGCCUUCUGCAGAAUGGACCGACAUUUCCCCGGGACUCUUCAGAGGGAGGAGGAUGGAGCAAAGGAGUCCUAUUUUAGUUGCUUGGAGCAUCUGUUGGACAACGGUGCCGACCCAUCCCUGGUCAACUCUAAAGGUUACAGUGCUGUUCACUAUGCUGCUUCCCACGGCAACAAGCAGAACCUGGAACUGCUCCUGGAAAUGUCGUUUAACGCAUUGGGAGACAUCGAGAGCAGUAUUCCAGUGAGUCCAUUGCAUUUAGCUGCUGAUAAUGGCCACUGGCAGGCGCUGCGUGUGCUGACGGAGACUGCUGCGUACGUGGACGUGCAGGAUGCCUCGGGCCGCUCUGUGCUCUACCUGGCCUCCCAGAGAGGUUACGCCCGCUGUGUAGAGGUCCUGCUAGCCCAGGGGGCAUCCUGCCUCCUCAACGAGAACAGACACAUGUGGACCCCUCUACAUGUCGCAGCUGCCAAUGGCCACACUGAAUGUCUGCACAUGCUGGUGGACAGUGGGGAGGAGGCAGACCUUACCAACAUUACAGACACACAGGAACAGACUCCUCUGAUGCUGGCCGUCCUGGGUGGCCAUACAGACUGUGUCCACCUGCUGUUGGAGAAGGGAGCCUGGCCUGACACCAAAGACAAGAGGGGCAGCACUGCCCUGCACAGAGGGGCUGCGUUGGGCCGUGAUGACUGUGUCACAGCCAUGCUGGACCACAAGGCCUCUGCACUGUGUCGGGACGGCCAGGGUCGUACCCCACUGCACUACGCUGCCUCCCGCGGCCACACUGACAUCCUCGCCAAUCUGCUGCGUGCGGCCACGCGCUCCGACCCUCUUGACUCCCUAUUGGACCAUGAAGAGUACACGCCAUCACACUGGGCUGCUUACCAAGGGCAAGAAGACUGUUUGGAGGUUUUACUUGAACACAAAAUGUGUAGUAUCCAGGAGGGAAACUCCUUUACCCCAUUGCACUGUGCUCUAAUGAAUGGCCAUAGUGGAGCUGCAGAGAUGCUGUUGGAAUCUGCUGGCGUACAGAUGGUUAACACCAGGGAUACUAAAGAAAGGACCCCUCUUCAUGCCGCAGCAUGUGCUGAGGAUGUGGCGGGGCUGCAGCUGGUCCUACGCCACGGAGCUGAGAUCAAUGCCGUGGACCACACCGGACGCUCUGCUCUCAUGGUCGCCGCCGACAAUGGACAGAGUGGCACCGUGGCCAUCCUCUUGCACCGAGCCAAGGCUGACCUGACACUGCUGGACGACAAUGGAAACACUGCCCUGCAUCUGGCCUGCAGCAAAGCUCAUGAGAUGUGUGCCCUGCUGAUUCUGGGGGAGAUCCAUAACCCUACCCUCAUCAAUGCAACCAACGCUGCACUGCAAAUGCCGCUGCAUCUAGCAGCACGCAACGGUCUGGCCACAGUUGUCCAGGCACUGCUGAGUCGAGGAGCCACAGUGCUGGCAGUGGAUGAGGAGGGACACACUCCAGCCCUGGCCUGCGCCCCCAACAAGGACGUAGCUGACUGCCUGGCUCUGAUCCUCUCCACCAUGAAACCUUUCCCUCCUCUGGACCCUUCCUCCUGCCCCUGCUCCUCUUCCUCCGUCUCCCCCGGUCUCAACCUACUGAAGCAUUGCGGCAUCACUGCUGCCUGCACGCCGCUGCCCAACGGAGGCCUCCACCAUCACAACGGCUAUGUCAAAGACCGCCAUGCCGCUGUCAGCCUGGACGGAUGUCUUUCUGAGUGAGGUCAUCCUACAUCUACUGUCUGACAGCACUACCACCACCACAGGGUAGUCUGUGUGUGUGUGAGUGAUCUUCUCCUGAAGUGCAGUCAAACCUAUAUGCAAAUGGAGCCCACAGCAUCUAUCUAUCCCAGCUCUGUAUAAGUUAGUGCUUAACACUGAGACCGAUCUCUCUUUCUGUAAGGUCACUGGAAUACUGCUUUGUCCCAAAAUGGUUACUAAUAACCACCCACAAACCCCUUUAAAUAAUGUCCCGCAAAUAGGUACUCGUCAGCACAGAAAAAUGACUGACAGCUAAAAGCACUGUUCAUUCUUUUUUCCUUUUUAAUCUUUUUAGUCUUUUGUUGAGUCACUUUUUUUCUCUUCAUAUCAUUCAGUAUUUAACAUCCUUUGACGUGCUGGCCUUGUAGAGAAAUGCACAGCCUUCCUAAAAGGAGAAUGAUCCAAAGGGUUCUAGGACUUUAUGAAUGAACCAUACAAAGUCCUACCCAAAAGUGCAAUGCUAAAAUAUAAAGAUUCUGACUUGAACAAAAAAAAUUAUAAUAUGUACCUUCUGUAGUAACCUAAUAUUUAAACUUUUGGCCUCGUUUUCUUUGUGGGGCAUUUUCAUAGAGGAGAAUUUCAUAGGGCUGCUAAAGUUUGAAAGAUGAAUAUGUAAGCAUGUCUCCUUACAAAGGGGAACAAUGCUCAGGUUGGCAUUUCAGCAUACAUUUGCUCUCAAUGCUGAAGUAUUGUCUAGAACACAAUUUUGUGUUUACUAAGUGAGAAUUUGGUUUAAAGCAUAUACAUUAUGACCAAAGGUGAAUAUCACUGCUAUGACUGACAAAAUAUUUAUUUGAGAAAUAUUUACAGAGAAAGAUCGAUGUUGAGAUACCUCUUAAGUCAUUUUGCAGCUGCUGAACGGCUAGACAGGGAAAGUAGUAGCAAUGAAGCCUUUAUUUAUUUGAAGUCUUUAGGAGCGGACUCGCCCCAUUGACCUUCAGCAAAACACAUUAUCUUGAAUUCUAAGAUUACUGCUCAGUGAUAAUCUUACAAGCCAUUUCAAUUGAUUUCCCAUUUUUCUUUCCUUAAAUCAUUCCCAAACCAUUUUGGUACAUUGAAUUCGAAUUACCUUCGGAGAGGAAUCCUAUUUGUAUUAUUUCCCGAAAUGUUACUUCAGCCGUUUUGGAGCUGGAGAAAUACCACUCUAUCAAAAAGCUUGUAUCUUGUCUAGUACGAUGGUCAGUUCUGGUGUGAGAUUGAAACGCUGGACUGACAGUGUUCUUCCCUUUUUUGUUAUUGUAUAAUUUAAGCAAUAUUUAAUUUCUGGCAUUUUGAACGUUAUCAAAAAGACAAUCAUAGUCUCAAGGGCUUUUGUUUCCUUGGAAAUCUUGUUUGAUGUUCACCUUAUUUGUUUGAGUACCGAUACUAGCAACAUGGAAAUGAUCUAUUCUAGACUAAUGGCUGAAGUCUGUGUCCAAGGCAUUUUUCGCUCUGUGCCUAGAACAAAAAAAAUGCAAUUGAUUGCCUCCAUGGCAGUACGGAUGCAGGAUAUGAUGAACACUAAGGUCUCACCCACUGGGUAGCAGAGAAGCAUUGGAUCCUAUUCAGACUUGUUCAUCUGUUGAGGAUAUGAUUCCUUGGUUGGACUUGAUUGUUCAUGUCUCCGGACAGAAUUCUUGACUAACUAAAGAGACUUGAAAGCCUAGUAGGUACGUUGGGUUACUUACUGUAGGAAGGAACUGAGAGGAAACUAAUGUUACACUCUCAUCUGGCCAGUAGUAAUACUUGUGUUUUUAGUAAAGCCGAUAAGUGUGAAAUUCCUUUUUUGGUAUGUAUCCUGUCUUGUGGGUCUACAUACAUUGUAGAUUGUUCUAUCAGACCACUGGAGCUCUUUGCCUGACUUAAUUUAAAUCUUUUUACACUACCAUUUCUAUUAUAUCAUCAGAGGAUCAAUAGAUUUCAGUGAUUCACUGGGACUCAUUUUUCAUUUCAUGCUUCGCCACAACCUCAUCUCUUGAUGAAUGCUAAAUGACAUGCAUUAGUUCUGGAUGAGAAAUAUGAGGACCUAAUAUGAUACCAGAGUAGCAUAUCAUGUUGUGCCCUAUAGUCAGUGUUGUCUGGGGGAGAGGAGGAACAAAGGGAAGUGUAUAGUCUUUUGAUGUCGUCAUGUGUAAAGGGGGAAUAGUCUCGGGCUGUGUGGAACCAGGAACCAAAUGACAUGGAUUGAUGACGAACAACAGGAAAAUCAUAUUGGCAUUAUUUUAGUUGUAUGCACACUACAAUGCAGUUCCAUUUUAGCCCUGAUCCAAGGCACUUGAGAUAGUUAAGCACUUUAACACAUUCAGCAUAUCUGUGUGCAGUCUGAAUAAAUGCAUAUGUAUAUUUACAUAUGGGUUGUAGCUAAAGUGCAAAAGACAGGAACAGAUUGCAAGGAUUGUAUACGCUGCUUCAUUGACUGCGAUUUAACUUCAAAACUCUAAAGCUAAAAAGAUCUCAUGGUCCAAAAUCCAGUCAUCACGAUGCGGUUUGAUUGAUGCCAGCCCAGGGUCCGCUAUUAGUCCUUGUGGUUAGUCCAGUGAUUUAGCUAGGCUUGCUUUCGCCGUGCUUGUAUCCUCCUCGGGCUCCUCGCCUAACUCCACACUGAGGGAUGCAUGUUGUACAAUAGAGACACUGAUUACCUCAAUCAUCCAACCGCAGGUGUGUCUGGCUAGCAGGUCGGGUUCACGUUCCCCAGUUCAGACACCACAUGCAUCAGCCGAUGGUAGCGUGCCACGUCAUUGACUGCGUGCUGUCAGGCACCUGAUUGCUAUAACAUAGUGAUGUGGUUACCUGAUGGGUAUUUUACAUAUCUGGCAUGUGUCAGCAACGUCUGAGCAGAGGAACGUGUGUGUGUGUGUGUGUGUGUGUGUGUAGAUUUUAUUUUUCAAUUCCCUUGUCCAGUUGAUGGCGCCAGUUCUUCAGUAUAUAUCCCAUCUGGGACUACCCCAUAUCUGUGUUCCAUUGAUAGACUGAGAACUCAUUGUAAAGGAGCUUGAGAUCAUAAUUCUAACUUUAAAGAAACAAGUAAAAUAUAUUUCCCUAGGGUUUAAUAUUAGGAAGCAAUGAAAGGAUUAUUUGUAGCAUUAAUGACUGUGAAAGACGUGUGCAGCACAUCUAUUGCUCUUCGACUGUGUUUAGGCCAAUCCAACAAAGCAUUUCAUAGAUGCCAAUUGAAGAUUUGCGGAGUAGUCGUCACAUGAGAAUCUUAGGUCACAGUUAGGGCCUUAUUUGCCAAAGUACAUUGGAUAAUAAAACAAUAUUUAAAAAAAUAAUAAUAAUAGCAAUGGGUUUGAGAAAUAUGCAGGCAUUCGAGCAAUGUACAUACUGAAUAUUAAUCUGAGCCAUGAAUUGACUGACGUGAAUCUAGGGUCAAAUUGGAACAAGACUACUUGCUUUCUCCUGACUUUUGAACUAUUACACUACAUUUCUCUGGCAUUCAUGAAACGGUAAAGUAGCAGCAAGAAGUAAUCGUCGUAUUAGUCUUCCUGUCAUGGGUCUUUCUUAAAUGUGUUCCAGCUAUACCUAAGCCCCUAUGUGUGUGUCAUAACCAUGUAUUGACAAUGGAGACAGGAGGUUGGAGGGUUUGAACAUUAAUCUCUAACACCAUUAAGAUUGCCUUACAAUAUCUUCUGAACAGGAAAUUUAACUACGCUGUAGAUGCUUUCAUUUUUUUUUUACAUUCAUUGAUAGCCGGUUUUUGAAAAGGAAAAUACACCUAGCUAGCUACAUCCAUUUAGUGCCAUAGAAACCUUUAUUUGCCUUUAAGCAUGAUAGUCAUACUGUACUUGGUCAGUAGAAAAUGUGUUUGUUUGGACUCAUUUACUGUGGUAGCCAUGGUUAGAGUGAACAUUUAUUAUAUAUAUUUUUUGUUGUUGUUGGAAUGAUUAUUAAGUUCUGAUUUGAAGCAUUGCUGGCACAGAUACAGGUCAUGAUGUCAUUGGUGACUAAUGGUUUGAACCACUUAGUACUGAUCGUAGGAAGUGGAAAGCAAUCAUAGAAUAGAGUUGGUGGUAGUCUGGAGAAAAGAAUGGAUGGAAGAUUUAAAAUGACAGACUAUUUGUGUUGGCAUAAACUGAUAAUAAUAAUGAAUGGUUAUUUCUUUGCCCGUGGUUUGUAAUUAUUCUAGAACAGUUUUUGAUGUUUGCAGAUGUAUGGUUAACAGGGAAUAGAUUUACCUCGUCCUCGAUGGAUGCCCCUAUUCUUACUUGAAGUAUCUUUCAUAGAAUACAAAUGUAAAACUUUAAUUCACAGCAGAGCCUUUUAAAGGCAAAGGAACAAGUAUCUUGCAGUACCUACUACGUUAUAACACCGACCAUCUUGCUAGUUAUGUUUCCCAGUGGGACUGCUAAAAUCUCUGCUGGUUUUGCUAUUAUGGGAUGUGUCCCGAAUGGCACCCUAUGCCCUACAUAGUGCACUACUUUUGACCAAAGCCCUAUGGGGGGGCCUCGGGUCAAAAGUAGUGCACUAUAAUGGGAAUGGGGUGUCAUUUCGGUCGCACACAAAGAUCCUUUGGUGUAGAAGCACAUGCAUCCAUGUUGGUGGCACACUGCUCAAGGUUGCCUUGUGAUUGUUUUGGGGAUUUUGCCAUAUUUGUAAGUGGAAAAAUUGGGAUUUCACUUAUUACCGGUCUUGUCAGCUUGACUGUCACCUCCAAAACCAAAUAACGCUGUUAAUGAAUUACCUCCAUACCGGUUGGAGAGAAGAGAAAGGAAGAACACAGACGUCUACCUUGUUGUCAGUGUGAUUUCUACGGACCAAAUUAUGAGAGUUCUAGUAUGUGAAGGGCAGAAGAAUCUGUAAUUCAAUGGAGGUCAUGAGGAAAAGUAGUGUGAAAACACAUUUUAUAGUGGGGGGACUGCUAUGCAGUAAUUAUUUACCCCCUCAAGUUAGUGAACGUGGGAGGUUUUGUAGAGUUUCACUCAUGCUAGCUUUCCCCCUGCUUGUGGUCUCAUUACGUUUCUUCCAUCAUUUGGACCUGUGUGACAACCACCUCAGAGGUGGUUGGUGCCUUUUUUUAAAUGUUUUUUUUAAAAUGAAUGCUCUAUCUACCGCAUGGUCUUCCAGUUAUACCUCCCGGAAGCCUUAUGAAUGACAUGUAAAAGCAUAGAAGAGCGCAUCUCUCUGAAAAGAACAUUCUCAACCUACAGUAUGUGAUGUGAGCUAUAAUAAGCAACUCCUGUUUUACGUUCUUGGCCGAUUCUGUGUGCAUGCUAUGGGUCUCUGAGCUUGAGUCAUAUGGAGUGAACGAUCUGAACAAUCUCCUUUCUGAUGUUGAAUGCACCAAUAUUGAAGUAACUUUUUGAAAGCACAAAUCCAAAGAUGGACCCAUUAUUCUUUAAUGUCACCUCAAGGAUGGCUCUCAGUGCUGUGGCGGUUAGAGCCAAGAAUGGUGGUCAUGGAGAAUAGGAAAGCAUGGGAUUGGAUGGUCGGUAUCAGUACUGUAAAUGUAGUUUCUCCUGAAGUCUGAGCAUAUCAAUUCAGAUUGUUUCAGUUGUAUGUAUUUAAUUAAACUCACUAGCUGUAGAGAAUAGAUCAAGUUGUGGAAAUCCUAUUGGGGUACAGUAGUAAUGAUAAUGUGUUGGUUGUAACUGUUUGGAGUGUUUGUUGUAUUAGACUGAUUGAAAGUAGGGGUUUCUUAGUAGCAGUGUGUAGCGUUGAUAGUGUGACCGUGCUGUAAUAUAACAUGCGUUGUCUGAUAUUAGCAUAAGGGCGAGGUAGAUCGUCCUCUUUAAGCUUGCCUCUAUUUUUAUUUUUUAUGGUUGAAAAAGACGAGUGCAAUAAACCUUAUUUAUCAUUUUCUUCCUCAAGUAAAAGAACAUGACCUGCGUUUUUCAAGGCCAAAAACAAAAUAGACUUUCUGCGGCGGGCAGUAGGAUUGGAACCUUUCCUAGCUGCUUUGCGUCCAGAGAAGUGGCACUUGUUAGAAUCUAGAAUAUGGAAUUGCAUUCUUAGGACUGUGUGAUUUUGAUAUUUAAGUAUCAAAGCUGCUUGCUCAUAAGGGAGACCGUGUACAAGAUGAUUUGACUGGUAGAUCAACCAUGUGGUUUUUUGUAAUUGCAGUUGGAUGGCAUUUUAUGGAGUGAAUCUCCUUCAAUCUUUAAAUGUUUUGCUUGCGUGUGUACGUAUGCAUCGUCCUCCAUAUCAAAUGAUAUGGGGGUUUUUUUUGGACGUAAAUGAAGUGGUUUAAAGACAUGAUGAAAUACCUUCUUGUUUUCGAAAGAAACAUUAAGAGAGACUCCCCCCUAAUUCAUCUCACCCUCGCACACCCCCGUUUAGUAUCUUUCACAAUCUUACUACUUGCUCUGUGUGUGAUAAACUUGUUCAGUGAAGAUCAGAACAGCUUAAAAAAGUUGAGACAAUUUCCUGAACUCUAUGUAUAAUGUUGAGGGGGUGAAUGGCAUGUAUCCCUUAAUGUAAGUAGGCAGGCCUGUUUAAAUCAGACAUGUCGAUGACAAUGGAAAUUAAAAGGUAGCGAAUAAAGUGUACCAGUAUCGUAAGAUCAGCUCAGUGCCUAGGGUAGGACGUGUAUACCUACUGUAUACAUCUUUUUGACAUGUUGGAGGCCCUUUGACAUGUACUAUGUUGGAAGCCCGUACGAUAUUGGUUGUUCCCCUUGAAAUUCCCCUUUUUAAUCAGCUGAGGUAGGAAAUAUUCGAAAACCAUGUUAGCCAUUAUUGCAGUAAUUUGCUGUACAAGCAACUUCUACUUCACCCAUGAUGAUGUCUUUGGCCAGACAAUCUCUGGAGUAUCUCCAUAAUGGUGAUUCACCUCGAGCACAGUGAUUAGGACACGAUCAGUUGGAGGUACUCUAUGGCUUAUGUGCUCCCUGAGCAAUACAUGGGAAAAGGAUGUAUUCAUUGGGUAUAUCCUGUGAUAUUUGUUGGUCCUUCUGCUGUUUCUUUAUUUGUUCUGCAGCACCCUAACUGAAUGUAAACUGAUAAAGACCGACUAAGGGUUAGUUGCCUGUUUUACUCAGUGGCUUAUCUGUUGUAAAUACCUUGGAGUGGACCACAUACCAGGAGAGGGGGAGGAGUCUGAAUUAGGGCACAUGAUUAGUUAUAAUCAAAUGGUUUCUCAAUGCACCUUUAAAAAGAGAUUUGGUUUGUCCGCCAAACAUUCCAAUAGUUUUUGCAAGCUUUGCUGUUGGGUAACAAGUUCUAAACUUCUUUGCUGGUGAAUGGUAGUAUCUUUGACAGGCCUACAGGUUGCUGUACCCCCACCCCCCCCCCAGCGGAAGGAACAAUUCCCUAUUUUAACGCUUGAUUACCUCAUUUACAAACCUUCUAAUACUAUUCUACUGUGAGAAGAAAAGGCCAUCACCAGCAUGUGCUCUAGACGUGUGAUGGCAAUGACACCAGGACCAAUGAUGUAGCUCCAUUUCCAAAUUAAUGAAUUCAAACAUGGCCAGUCAAGGAAUAUAAACACGCCUCUCACUUACUACAAAUUCUAUAAGGUUGGUACAUUUAAUGGUAUUAUCCAUGUAAAUAAACUUGUUUGCAUUUCUUGCGGUUUUCAGUAGAAGCAUUUUUCCUACCUCCUAUAAAUUGCAGCUUUGAGUUAAUCUCCACCUGUUUUGACAAACAAACAAAUACACAGUAGCCUAUGAGAACCUUAGCAUUUUGCCAUGAACAAUUAUAAUUCAACAUGUGUGCUUGAUUGUAUGUAUAAUUGUGUGUUCAACAUGAAAUUAUUUAUGAAAAACGUAGAAAAUAGCACUGGGAUGUGAAGCCAGACUGUGUUAUGACGCUGAUAACGAAUGUCUUCUACCCACGCUAGACAUUAAUUUUGACUGAUGUGCUCCUUGCAUAGCAAACCCCCUUCUUUUUGGGAUGAAUUACAUGAAUGAGUACAUUGGCAUUUUCUGUUUGUCUUUGUCUUGAACCGAUGUACAAAUGUUUUCAUGUUGUGCUCUACAUCUCAGUUAAAGUUUACAGCUUCCUGGAAUGUGAAUGUUUUGUUGGGUUAGUUAUUGCAUACGUAUGUAUGUAUGUAUGUAUGUAUGUACGUACAGCUGGUUUGGUACUAUCAUAAUAUAUAUUUUUCACAGGUUGUCAUGGGGGAGUCAGGUUAUAUGCACAUUGUUAUAUUCUGUACGUGGGUGAGUUUUGUUCCCCUCAAGCCGUAUGCCUUCAAAAACACUAAUCCACUCCAAACCAAACUGUUGGUAGGUGUUUGCCUCCCCACCAUAAUCUCUGUAUAGCUGCUUUAAUUCCAUGUGAAUAGGGGACCAGUGAGAGGUCAGGUAUCUGACCAGACAGACCCUUGCCCUGCCCCCACAUUCCAUUCACCCCACUAUCCCUCCAAAACCUCAAGCCAUUUCUUUAUUUGACAAUGCAAUCGAUCCUGAAAGCACUUUGCCUUGUUAUUCCAUUGUGUGGACAAUAUGUAAAUGGUAAUUUGUUAUAGAAAUGUAAAAGAUAAUUCACAAUUUUGGAAGAAUCUGCAUCUGUCUUUGACGCUAAAAUGAUUUUAAAGGAUUUAUUAAACAUUUGAACCUAACUCUAUUUUAUACAAUGUUUGCUGCAGCCAGUUGGUCUUGUCAUUCAGUAUUGUGGCUUAGGGUUGGUUGUGUGUUUUAAAUAAAGUGCUAUUGCUGAAUAUUCAA